AUGUUGGCUGCCAGAAUGGGAGACCUUAAGGUGAAGGACCUAGCGGAGAUCAACAAAGCCAUUCAGGCUGGGGCCAUCACGGAUGCCUCUUGGGCGAACCACAGUGAUGGAGCGUCGCAGGGCGCUUUGGCCGUGGUGGCUUUUGAUAAGGCCAUCCUGGACGGCGAGCGGGCAGCCUGCUCGCUGGUGUGGUGGAAGUCCUCGAAGUUGAAAAGGAAGGUGGGAUCAACGCUGGCAGCGGAGGCCCAAGCCCUCCUGAAGGGGCUCGGCGAGCUGAUGUGGGCCAAGGCGAUCCAGGCUGAGAUGCUGGACCCCCACUUCUCCUUGGCGGGAUUUCGCGACAGCGUCCAGGCCCAAGCAGAUAUUGUUCUGCAAAAGAGCAACACUGACGAGGUGCUGAAGGAGUCGCUGUCGGAGGUGGAUGCCAAGAGCUUGUACGACAACUUGAUGAAGGCGGGCGCUCAGGCCCAGGACAAGUUCACCGCGCUGGACGUGACGAUCGCAAGGGAGAAGAUCGAUGGCUUAGGAGUUCAACUGAGAUGGGUGGAGCACCAGAGUAUGCCAGUGGACUCCUUGACUAAGUUGGGGGCCAACCGAGACACGUUGGUGCAGCUUAUAGAAAGCGGCACUUUUCGCCUGGAAGCCGAAGAGGAUCUCAUGAAAGAUCGCUUGUAUAGGCGGCAGACAGGCACAGUCAAACCGCGUUGA